AUGUUAACCAUACCACUAGGACAGGAAGGGUCUAUCAACCGCCUCAUUUGCAAGGCUAAGAAGAGCAAGAAUCUAUUAUGCCUUUCGCUCAGUUAUGAGCCAGUAAUAGAACAGGAAUUUGACUGGAUUGAGACUCGCGGUGCUUACACCUCUAAAGUCAGCCUCGCUCAACAAUUCCUCGAGACCAAAGCAAAAGUUCUCUUUCGAUCCCAAGGAGUUCAUUACCUAUUAUUGUUGGCUAUUCCAAUGCCAAUGCCAAUGAUAGAGAGAUUAGGGGAAUAUACUGACCGAGAAGAGAGAGUAAGACCCUAA